AUGAAACGAAAGCAAUGCGCGGAAGGAGCGGAGGGUGAUGAAGACUGCCGGAGCCUCUCCGUGACGUCAGAGGAGCACAUCAAAAAAUCGCAGAAGGUGGAGGAUGGAGCGAUCGAUUGGAAGCUCUACGCAGAGGAAAUUGAACAAAGAUUGGAGACAAAAUCAUCGGAGGAGAAGAAGAGGGGCGAGGCCGAGGCCGAGAACACGGAAUGCCAGCUUUGGGCAGAGCUCAGUCAUGCACGGGCAAAGUUAGGCCAGUGGCACGAGGCCCUGAGUGCUGCUCGCAAGGCUGGGCGAAGCACCUUUGAGGGGCGCAGAGCCGAGGUCAAGGCAUUGCUCGGUCUGGGGAGAUGCGGCGAGGCGCUGACAGUGGCCCGCGACGCUGUGGGUCUCGCCAACGACGCCCAGGAGUCCGAGGCCGACACUCUCCUCCGCAGUGCGAUGACCGCGCACUAUGAACCGAUCGUGGGGGAGCGGCCUGUGCGGGUGGAGUACUACGGUAAGCGCAAAGGGAAAGGCCUUGUCGCCCUGCGCGACUUCAAGCAGGGCGACGAGAUCUUUCACGAGGAGCCACUCGUCUGCGCGCCGCCUUUCUUCCCUGCGCAAGAAAAGCCAUUGUGCUGCAGCAACUGCAUGCGGUACCUUGACACUCGCGAGGCGAUGGUGGAUCGGAUGGUCGCCCACGUCAAGCAGUCGGACAAGGCCAAGGCCGCUGCUCUUCCUCGAUUCGAUGAGCUGUGCCCUCCCUUUAGUGAAACCGAGGGUCAGAUGUGCCAAGGCUGUGGCGUGGAAGUGUAUUGCACGACCCAGUGCAAGGAUGACGCUUGGCGACGAUACCACGAAGCGGCCUGCCCGGCGUACGCAGCCUUGCGUCCCUAUUUUGAGAGUGAGGACUUCUAUGAUAUCGGCGUGAUGGCCCUGCGCAUCUAUGCCAUCAUUUUGCAGAACCUCAAAGCGGCCCGGGGCGAUAGCUUGGCCGCAAGGCUCGACGAGGCCUACAUGCCCUUCAUGCAUUUUUGCAAGGCGCCGUUCUCCGAUGUGGUGUGCUACGUGGCUGGGAUCAACAAGUAUCAGGAUGAACUCGUAGAACGGGACGAGCUAAAGAAAUACAAAACGGUAUUGGUGCAGCAGCUACACCUCAGUCUGGUCGAUGCUCUUGUACCCGAAGAGCUCAGAUCAGAAGAGAUAUUCUCCUGGGAGAACCUCGAUCUCUUGAUGGGCAUGGUGGCCACCAACACGCUGCAGCAGCAAGACCCCAGGACUUUCGACCGAAGCAUACCCGAUGAACUGAUACCCUUCAUCAACGCGCACAGUGGGCAGGGUCUUUUCGUGGUGCACAACUGCAUGAACCACUCGUGUGACAACAACGCCGAGACCACCUUUCGGCACGGGGACCGGACGGCGACGGUGGUGGCGGUGAAGGAUAUCCGACAGGGCGAGGAGGUGUGCAUCGACUACAUCGGAGCCAAGCGCCUGCGGUGGUCCGCACCCAUGCGUCGACGGCGGCUGCUGCGCGAGUACCUGUUCGAGUGCGCCUGUCCGCUUUGUAGCGGUGCGGCGCCGUGA